AGUUAUCCCCCAGCAUGUAGUGGGAGAGGUUAUGCGCUCGGCGGCUCUAGUCAAAACACAAACCAUCGCAUAUACCGGGCAGCUGGCGUGACUGGUGGGCGUGUAUCGGGUUCAGUUACCAGUAAGUGAGGCAAUGAGCACUAAGUGACGGCUGGAAAUACUGGAAAAAGCCUGGAAAAGAGAAAAGUUAUGUUUUGAUUUCUCUUGUAAGCUUUCCCGAAGAUGCAGGAAGAGAGAGAGUGAGAGGCGCCCUGUGUAGCUACUGAGUGUACCGGGGUGUAGCAGGGUGUACCGGGCACCACUGGACGGUACCGUGUAUCUGCUGUACUGACAGACACACACACACACACUCAGGCAAAAAAGAAAAAUAAUAAUUGGUAAAAAAACGUUCAUUUCUCACGUUUGUCACAGUGAACGUUGUUGUGGCGGCGGUGGCGGUGGUGGUGGUGACGUGCCUGGUGAUGAGUACUGGUUAGUGAUGACCUUCGAGUUAGUGAUGACAAGCCUGGCAAAUAACACCAAGCGAGCGAAGUAACCGAUAACUGGUGAUGACAAGCGAAGCAGGUGACUAAAUACUGGUGCCUGUGGUGAUGACAAGUAGCAGCUAACCAGUAGUGUAGUAGUGAUGACAAGCCUGGCGAGUAACAACAGUGAAAUAGCUGGUAACUGGUGAUGACAAGCCUGGCGAGUAACAACAGUGAAUUAGCUGGUAACUGGUGAUGACAAGCGAAGCGAAUGACUAGAGAUGCAAGUGGUGAUGACAAGUGGCAGGUAACCAGUAGUGAUGACCAGCCGGGUGAUGAGGUAACCAAAGACAAGAUGAGGAAGGGAGGAGGAGGCAGCUGUGAGGGCCGGGGCACCAGGCCAGUCUCUUGGUGCAUAGGUGGCCCUGCUGCCGUGGCCCUGGUCCCCCCGCCCCCCCUAGUGCCAGAGGACCCCCGUGCUGACCUGGCCCGCCGUGGUCUAGCCCGGUCCACGUCCUACCAAGCACUGCACUCCGCCCUUGCUAGGCUGUACAGAAUUGAUGACUUCCACAUGGAUAGAAUAGGUUCUGGGUUCUUCUCCGAGGUCUUCAAGGUGCGCCAUCGAGUGACAGGCGACAUCAUGGUGCUCAAGAUGAACAAGCUGAUGAGCAACAGACACAACAUGCUGAGGGAAGUGGAGCUCAUGAACAGACUGCACCACCCAAACAUUCUGCGGUACUAUGGUGUGUGCGUCAACGAGGGACAAGUCCACGCUCUCACUGAGUACAUCAAUGGAGGGUCGUUGGACUCCCUGAUUGGUAACCGUGCGGUGGGCCUCCCCUGGGCUACCCGAGUGUCCCUGGCCCUGGACAUUGCGCACGGCAUGGCCUACCUCCACUCCCAGGGUGUGUUCCACAGGGACCUCACCUCCAAGAACGUGUUAAUCAAGCACACACAGGAAGGAGGUGAACACAAGUUGACAGCAGUUAUAGCUGACUUUGGCCUGGCAGCUCCAAUCCCUCAUGAGAAGUGCAUGAGGCUGCGGCAGGUGGGGUCUCCUUACUGGAUGGCUCCCGAGGUGAUCCGAGGCGACUGGUACGACCACAGAGUUGACGUGUUCAGCUUUGGGAUCAUUGUGUGUGAGAUGAUUGCAAGGUGCGAGGCAGACCCAGACAUCCUGCCCCGGACUCACAAUUUUGGAGUGCAUUACCUGGACUUCUACCAAAUGUGCCAACAGGACUGCCCUGCUCUGUUCCUGCAGCUGGCAUUCAUGUGCUGCCAGAUUGAUCCUGCCUCUCGUCCGUCCUUUGAAGAGCUGAAGGCUAAGCUGGAGUACCUGCUAGCCCAACUCACCUCCCAGUCUGCCUGCUGCACUGCCAGGAAGCUCAAGGUGUGCCACCGCCGCUCCCAAUCCGACGAUACCUUUAAACUCAUAAGGAACCAGACGGGGGAGGCUGCAUGUGUCCCUGCAGCACCCCAGCUGGCGGCACCUCCCCCGUCUGGCACCACAGCCGUCACCCCGCAGGAGAUAGUGGAGAAGAUGAGUGCCGCAGAUCCGUACUUCCAGCCCUCCACCGGCACUGUGAACCCCUUUGCUCAGUUGAAGCUGCCGGCACGGUCCCAGCUGGCACUGCAGGAGGGCGGGAGGUACUGCCACUCGCUGCCAGACUACCCCCUAAUUCUGGCAGAGACGUCCGGCAUGGAGUCCAGGCACAUCCACACCUCGGACUCCUGCCUGUGCCACGCGUCAGCCCACUGCCAGUGUCAUGGGGGCCACAGACACUUCCCCUCGCAUGCUGAUGCCAGCCGGAAACAGUGCCAGUGCUUGCACGGCGUUAAGAAAUUCAAGACGAGCGAGAGGGAGGACUGCAAGUGUAAGUUGACGAGGCUGUGCUGUGAGGCCGUGGGGUCCGCGGACAGCUCUGCCAGCAGCCUGCCCCGCUCAGACCUGGGGAGUGGGGGGGAGGCAGGGACAGCCAUGCUGCACAACACCCACGUUGGUGGCCCCGUGCGGCGGCGGGGCUCUGGGGAGAGCGGUUUUUUUAGUGUGGGAGAUGUGGAGCGUGUGGGAACUCCUGAGCUGUGUCUGUCGUACUCGGAGCUGAGCACUGCGUCGCUCAUCUCGGCGGAGGACGACGACGCCAACCACCACUGCCUGGUGCAGCGCUCCUCCUCCGUCAUCACCGACAGCUCCGAGGACCUGUCCAGCCUGGGGUGCUGCCACGAUCCGCAGACCUGCGAGGCAUCCCUCUGUGAGGCAGAGGACCUGGUGCAGGCCGGCCACUACCAGGUAGACACAGACAUCCGCCAGAUAGUGGACUUCUUCGAGCGGAACAUUGGCAGCGGCGGCGGUGACGGCCCACAGCGGCAGUCCUCGCGGCUUCGCCAGGGCUGCCUGGUGCCGCUGCUGACGCACAAGUUCAGCACGCUGCACGCUGGCCACCGCCUGGCCCUCGCCGGCUACCCCUGCCAGCACCACGGCAGCACCAAGUCCUCGCCCUCCUGCCCUGCCAAAGAGUCCAUGGCACCCAGGCCAUGCCGCCAGCCCUGCACCCGGCCUGACCGCCGUGAGGUGUUCCGGGUCAAGGAGCGGCCCAAGGUGUACAUAACAGAAGGAACCGUCCGAGCCAAACGCGACAUUUUUGAGGCAAAGUGAGCCAGUGAGCAAGUCAGUCAGGAUUAAGAUGAUGCAUAUACAUAUAUAAAUAUAUAUAUACAUACAUAUACAUAUAUUUUUCUUUAUACGAAGCAGUUUUUUGUUGUCCCCAACCCCAUUUUUAAAAAAACUGUUGAUGAUGAUGAUGAUAUUUCUGUUUCCUAGUCACAAGGUUAAGCAUUUUGUGAUAAUGAACUAACCAUUAUAUUUUUUUCCUUCUUUGUCUUGGAAUAAUAUGAAAAAUAAAAA